AUGUCGUCUUCGAACACACAGUUGUUGCCUCAAAAGGAAGCAGCUGUUUUCAAAACCAUAGUGGUGCGUCUGAAAUUUUACGAGACAAAGCAAUAUAAAAAGGGUUUGAAAGCAGCUGACUCCAUUCUCAAGAAGUAUCCAGAACAUGGUGAAACUCUGGCCAUGAAGGGGUUGACUCUCAAUUGCAUGGACAGAAAGCAAGAAGCUUAUGACUUUGUGCGACUUGCUCUGAAGAAGAACAUGUUGAGCCAUGUUUGUUGGCAUGUGUAUGGUCUUCUCUACCGGUCUGAUCGCGAUUACAAGGAGGCGAUCAAAUGCUACAAACAGGCUCUUCGACGGGACAAAGAUAAUGGCCAGAUAUUGAGAGAUUUGUGCCUCUUGCAGAUUCAGACCCGUGAACUUACGGGAUUUAUAGAAACACGCAGGCAGCUACUGGCCAUAAAUCCAAAAAACCGGAACAACUGGGUUGGGUUUGCAGUCUCCCAUCAUGCAGCUGGAGACCUAGAUAUGGCCUUGAAGGUCUUGGAAUCGUAUGAAGGAACUCUAGAAGAUACCAGCAACGCUGAUUAUGAACAUAGUGAGAUGUUGCUUUACAAAGCUCAAGUUCUUGAGGAAAAAGGUGAAUUGGAAAAAACUUUGGCUCAUCUGGAAAAGUCAGAACCUCUCAUUGUUGACAAACAGUCCUUUCGAGAGAAGCGAGCAGAGCUUUUGCUCAAACUUGGCCGGUUAGAAGAUGCUGAAGCGAUGUACAGGGAGCUCUUGAGUAUCAACUCCGACAACUAUCAGUACCAUAAGGGACUGUUGGAAGCACGAGGUUAUACAGAUGAUGUUGUAGCUGGGGGUGUGAAGCAGGACGAGCUUGUUUCGAUUUACAGAGAAUUGAGUCAGAUGCACCCAAAAUCAAACGCGAUCAAGCGAAUCCCGUUGGAUUUCCUAACAGGCGAUCGAUUCAAGGAGUCGUUUUCUAGUUAUGUGAAGCCCUUUUUGAGAAAAGGAGUUCCCUCUCUUUUCUCUGAUGUGAAACCGCUGUAUUCAAAACCAGACAAGGUUCAGAUAAUGGAAGAAGUUAUGGUUAAGAAUCUUGAAAGAUUACGAUCUGAGCAGAAACUUGUCGGCGAAGAUGAUGUUGACCCGCCUGUUACUGUGCUGUGGGUGCUUGAAUACCUUGCGAACCAUUUCGACAGAAAAGGAGACAGUCCAAGAGCACUUCAGCUUAUUGAUGAAGCGUUGGACUACACACCAACAGUUAUCGACUUGCAUCUUACCAAAGCUCGUAUUUACAAGCAUGCUGGUGAUUUUCAAAAGGCUUCUGAUGAGUGCGAAAUAGCGCGAAAAAUGGACCUAGCUGAUAGAUUUUUGAACACGAUGAGUGUGAAGUACAUGCUGCGGGCAGACAGGAGGCAACCAGCUGAAGGCACAGUGACAUUAUUUUCGAAAGAUGGGGACAAUCCAAACAAUUUGUUUGAUAUGCAGUGUAUGUGGUAUGAGAUCGAGUUUGGCCGAAGUUGUCUUCGCUCUCGACUGUAUGGCAAAGCAUUGAAGAAACUUACUGCUGUAAAUAAGCAUUUCACUGACAUAAUUGAAGACCAAUUUGAUUUUCAUACGUAUUGCUUACGCAAAAUGACCCUGCGAGCCUACAUGAUGUUACUUCGCUGCGAGGAUACAAUCUACAAACACAAGUUCUUUGUCAGAGCAGCAUUUUCUAUUGUACAAUGUUACAUAGCUCUUCAUGACAAUCCUGCAUCAGCUCAGGAAGGGGAGGAAGACCCAGAGCUCAAGGGCCUUUCUGACGCCGAGGUGAAGAAAAUCCUCCGCAAAAGAAGAAAAGCGCAGGCCAGAGCCGAGGAGGAAUCUGCAGAUGAUAAAAACAAGGACAAAGGGAAAAAGAAUGAUCCUAAGGGUAAAGGAAAGACAAUCAAACAGGACGAUCCUGAUCCUGAUGGCGAACAACUUGCGAAAGUUGAGAAGCCGUUGGAUGAGGCGAGCAGAUAUGUCUCAAUUCUCCAGGAGCAUGCUGGAAAUCUGAUUGAGACGCACCUGCUUAGUAUGGAAGUGUAUAUGAGGAAGACAAGACUCCUCAAAGUUUUCUGUCUGUAUAUCUUGAAUACUAUGCAGUUGUGA